AUGUCUAUCACAAUGGGACAAACGAAAUCUCAGCAUAGGUUCAUCCUGGCCACAGAAAUGCAAGCCAAGAACUUCUUGUCAGAAUCCAGCAACCUUACCUCCAAAGCAAUCUGUCUUCGGUUACCGAUGGAGCCAACUUUCAAAUUGUUUCCAGCCAACUACGUCUUCCAAGUCCAAAGUCGAGUCACAACAAAUCAUUAUUGGAGCCAUGGACCCUUUGAUCCUAGCGAAGCACCGCGGAGCGUGGUGACCAGAGGCAUCAUAAAAGAAGGGAAGAUGACCUCGUAA